GAAGGCGCCACUACUAAUGACUUCAAUGACUUCAUUCACACCAACAGGAGCCGCAGCAGUAGCACCCUCAACAUCCAACCACAUUUGAAACCCCAGAGCAACAUGCAGCGGCAAAACUUCAGUUCAAUUAUGCGCGCAAUCAAAGCAACUUAAUUAGCCGCCAGCUGUCACAAGAGCCCUCAAGCAAUCAGAGAGACAGAGAUUGCAUGAGAAAUUGGAGAAGGAAACCACAGUUCCAGCAGAAACUUAUAGACACCAAGGAAGGACUAUGCAAAUGAGCCAAUUCAAGGCGGCUCAUAGGCAAUUGGGAUUACAUCAUGACACAGCAGACGAGCACCAGAGUAGCAAAUCAUUUGAUUUGAUUAGAGCCCCAGCCUCAAUCCUCCCCACGACAGGUGCAACCGCUACCCCCAUGGGCGGGUGCCAGUUCCUCUUCCUACUGGGUCUGCUCUGCCUCUGCAUUACCCUGGAGCGCUGUCAGGCCGAGUGUCGGGUUGAGCCGGCUCGUGACUGUGAGUCCAUAUGCAAUGCAAACGGGAAAAAUUGCACCAUUCGCGCUUUGGUCCUGCUGCCGGAUGACAACAUGUAUCAGGCCUCAUUGCCGAGAGUGCUACCCAUCCUAAAGGUGGCCGAGCAGCAGAUACGCUCCAAGGCACUGAUUCCACCUCACAUUGACUUUGAGUGGCUGGCCCAUGACACCAAGUGCGAUGCCUCGUUGGGCGUGAUCAAGGCCAUGGAUGGGAUCAUCAAGCAAUGUGCCCAGGUGAUCUUUGGCCCUGUUUGUGACUACUCCCUGGCUGCUGUCAGUCGGAUUACAAAAUACUUUAAUAGCCAGGGCACACCUCUGAUCUCUGUGGGUGGAUCCACCUACGACUUUGAGCAGAAGAAAACCGAUUGCAACGAUGAGUUCUAUAUGCUACUGCGCACGGGAAUGGUCAGCUUUGAGACCAUCUCUGAACUGACUAUAAAUGUAAUGAAACGACACAACUGGUCACAUUCCAUCUUCUACUACGAACGUGAUGGCCAGCGGAGUGUGGCUGGGAUGCACACAUGUUUCCUCAUGAUGAAAUCCCUGGGAAAACAGAUGCGCAACGAAAACAUGACAUUCGCACAGUUUCCACUGGAGCCCCAUUUGAAAAAUCGCACGGAGGAAAUGCGGCGGGAAAUUGGCAAUAAACAUUCAAGUGAGUAA